UUGCGUUACGUCAGACAGCAGCGCCUCAAACAUGGCAGACAAGAGUAGCCAAGGGGAGCCCAAACCUGAAGCCCAGUUUGCCAAGAGAAUUGACCCGACAAAAGAAGCCCUGACCAAAGAACAGCUGCAGUUCAUCCGGCAGGUGGAGAUGGCGCAGUGGAAGAAGAAAACAGACAAGCUCCGGGGCAGAAAUGUGGCGACAGGACUCGCUAUCGGCGCGGUGGUGCUCGGUAUCUAUGGCUACACUUUCUACUCCGUAUCCCAAGAAAAAAUCAUGGAUGAAAUAGACGAAGAAGCAAAAGUGCGUAUACCGAAGACUGGAGCAAACUGAAGGAGCUGUGAUGCUCAGAACUGUCCACACGGACACCGAGGAGAGCGACUGAGUGCACAUCCAUCCAUUCAGUCUGAGACUCUUGCCAAGGAUUGCUAUUAAAAAGCAGUUUGUGGAGUAUGUUAGUGGAGACCUGGAAACCGAAUGCCAUUAUGAUGAAGACUGCAGCAGUGUUUAUACUACUGCUGAUUUUACUGGAGUGCAAAUACAUGCAGGAUCAGAAUGAGAGUAAUUUAAAUAAUAGCCAUGUUGUUGUCGGUUUCUUUUGUGUAUAUUUGUCUUUUUUAUGAACACAAUAAAUGUGUCCUAAAAAUAA